AUGGCGUCAUCUUCUCUCUAUCUUAUGAGUAUUACCGUGUUAGUGUUAAUAUUCACAGUUGAAUCAGUUUAUUAUGCAUAUACAUAUGAUGAUGGAUUUGGCGGCGAAGAACAUUGCUGUCUGGUGCGAACACGUGAAACAUUUUGUAUGGCAAAACCAAUAACACGUAGUUUAAUACAAGUUAAGAAACAAUGUCAUCGCAUGGACGGACCUAAACAUCAUCGUGGACCUGGCGGAAAGAAUAGAAAGAAUCAAUAUUUAGAUAAAAUUAUACGUCGUUUAGAUGUAAAAUCUACACAUGAAAUUGGUGAUAAAAUACUGAUUGAAUUGAAACAUCCAUUAGAAAAAAAAAUGCUUGACAAUGAUCUUAUGUGUUUAAAGUCAACAAGUAAUGAGAAAAUAGAUCUCGAAAAAUGCCAUGUGGAAUUGGUUGAAGAAUUAAAUAAUGCUGUGGAUGAUGAUGAUGUUGAUGGUGAUCAUCAUCAUAUGCCACAUAAACAACGAAAGCAUCGUCGUCGUCCAGGUCAUGGCCGUCAUAAUCAUUCCGAUCGUAAAAAACGUAUUGCCGAUAAUAACAAUAAAGAUGAGGACAGUGUUGUUAAUAAAAGUUCGGUAGUAGACAAAGCUCGAAAUGAAAAAAAUACAAUUGAAUUAGAUCAACCGAUUCAUAUUCGUGAAGGUCAUGGCUUUACAAUGCAUCAAACCUAUAAACUUCAUCCAAGUCAUGUUCAACCUAAUGAUCGGCAACAACGAGCCUGUUGGACAUGGUACCGUCGACAAACACAAAAACUUCGUCGCAACCCAUCAAAACACAAAAGAACUUGUAUCCAUCAAAAUGAUCACAAUGAACAUUGUAUUAAUCAACUUGUUUAUAAUACAUUGAAUGUCAAUUCAACAAAUCAGCCCUAUCAACCGGAACAAAAUGCAAAGCUUACUUUUUCUAAGGGCUCAAAAUUAUAUUGUGACAGUCAAGUUGGUAGUAAUAAAUUGCUUGGUCACCAUCGUCAUAGUGAAAUAUGUUUUCAAGCUGAUGAUCGACUUUCGAUUAAGCAUAAAUUUACAGAUAUAACGGGUUUAUCUGAUAUGCAUAAAAAUAAAGAUGUACUUGCAUUCAUAGCAAAAAAUGAAAAACUAACAGCUGAAUUCAACAAUGAUUGUCAUGAUGAUACAACAUUAAGUGAAAUCGCUGAAUUGGAACACAAAAAAGUCAAAACCUCAUCAUAA